AUGCCUCUUUGUGGUAGUACACCAAAGACAAGUAUGUUCGUCCACGCAUCAACCACCUCUUGGGUUGUUGACUUCAACUAUAUAAGAAGAAAAAGAAUACUGACGCGAAGCUUAGUUCAUCGGAAAAUCGUGAUUCUAGGGGACGGUGCGUGUGGAAAGACAUCGCUAUUGAACGUGUUCACGAGAGGAUACUUUCCUCAAGUGUACGAGCCCACGGUGUUUGAAAACUACGUGCACGAUAUAUUCAUUGAUGGCCAAUCCGUCCAGCUUUCGUUGUGGGAUACCGCGGGCCAAGAGGAAUUUGAUAGGUUGCGAUCACUUUCAUAUUCAGAUACCCAUUGCAUCAUGUUGUGUUUCUCGGUCGAUUCGCCCGAUUCGUUGGAGAAUGUCCAGUCCAAGUGGGUGGGCGAGAUAGCAGACCAUUGCGAAGGGGUCAAGUUGGUGUUGGUGGCCCUAAAGUGCGACUUGAGGAACAAUGAAGAGACCAGCGACGAUCAGUACCAGAGUAACGGCACGGCCAACCCGUAUGCUUCUUCAAAGAAAUUGAUAACGUAUGACGAAGGAUUAGCCGUGGCUAAAAGGAUUGGUGCAUUGAGAUAUCUAGAGUGCUCAGCUAAAAAGAAUAGAGGAGUCAACGAGGCGUUCUCGGAGGCUGCUAGGUGUGCUCUCAACGCAAAGCCUAAAGGUGCUAACGACAACGAGCCCGAGAAGAAAAGCUGUGUGGUGAUGUAA